AUGAAUUUAAACAGCAAUCUAUACAAUAAUGAUAUCAGAAAUGCCCUUUUCUCUGAAGUUAUCGUUGGAAUCUUGGCCAACACCAUGCUUCUUCUCUUCCACAUCCUCACAUUCUUUCUGGAGCACAGGCCCAAGCCCACGGACCUGCUCACCUGUCUCUUGGCUCUAAUCCACCUUGUGCUGCUGCUCACCAUGGCCUUGAUGGCCACAGAUACCUUGGGGCUCCAAGGUUUUGGGGACAAGGACACAUGUACAAUCAUCUACCUGUACAGGCUGAUGAGGAGCCUGUCCAUCUGUGCCAGCUGCCUGCUGAGUGUCCCCCAGGCCAUCACCUGCAGCCCCAGAAGCUCCUGUCUGGCAAAGCUCAAAGAUAAAUCUCCAUACCACAGCAUAUGUUGCUUUCUUCUCUAUUGGGUCUUCUAUAUUUCCAUUAGUGACCACUUCUUAGUCUCCAUUGUUGCUACCCCCAAUGUGACUUCACACAAUAUUGUAUCUGUCACCAAAUCCUGUUCUCUACAGACUUUGAACAAUUCCCUCAAGUCCUUACUGUCUACACUGGUCACAUUCCAGGACAUGUCUCUUCCAGGGCUCCGCCUCUCCAGUGGGUACAUGGUGAUUCUCCUGUGCAGGCACAGGAGACGGUCCCGGCAUCUUCACCGCACCAGCCUUUCUCCAAGAGUGGCAAUUCAUCCUGGCAUCCAGAUGAUGGUGGCCAAUGGUUAUGCCACAAUCGGUCCUCUGGUGUUCAUCAGCAUGGAAAAACGCGUAACUAACUUUUUGGAAUCCUUGUAG